AUGGCCGAAGAAGAGCCUAAACAUACCAAAGCUGUUGACAUUGAUGAUGGUGAUGGUGACGUCAAACCCACCACUUUAACCACAGAUGAAGCGCCCAAACCCACUAAAGGUGUUGAUGAAGUUGAGGAGGUAAAGAACACCAUUAAAUCCACCACAUUAACUGGUGAUCAAGCCAAAAAAUUAUCCAAACUCAUCAACUCCAUCCCACAAAUCCUAUCAAAAUUAGAUAACCCCAAUUACGAUGAAAUAUUUGGGUACCGAAUCAACACUAGUGACAAGCCACACGUUGAAACCAACGUCCGAAAUGAGAUCCUACUCAAAUUCUUAGCAGCUGAUAACUAUGAUUUAGACUUGAGUACCCAACGAUUAAUUAAAUGCUUUAAUUGGAGAAACAAAUUCCAACCUUUACAUGCUGCAUUUAAGGAAGAAUUUGAUCCCGAGUUGAGUUCAUUAGGUGUAAUUACUAGUUUUCCUAAAGCUAAUGCCAAUUUGCAUGUGAUUACGUGGAACUUGUAUGGGAAUUUGAAGAAUCCAAAAAAGAUUUUUGAGAAAUUUGGAGGUGGUGGCUCUGCUACCGACGAUGAGUUACCAGGAAGUCAAUUCUUAAGAUGGAGAAUAGGGUUAAUGGAGAAAUCCUUACAAUUGAUUGAUUUUACUUCCAAGGAUAAUCACAAGAUUGGUCAGAUUCAUGAUUAUAACAGUGUGUCAAUGUUUAGGAUCGAUCCCGGAAUGAAACAGGCGACUAAGGAAAUUAUUGAUAUAUUUGGCAGCAACUACCCUGAGUUGUUAAGUACUAAAUAUUUCAUCAAUGUCCCAUUGAUUAUGGGAUGGGUAUUUACAUUUUUCAAAACCAUUAGAGUUAUAAAUGAAGAUACUUUGAAGAAGUUCCAAGUUUUGAAUCAUGGUGAUCUAAGUGAAACUUUACCCAAGAGUGAAUUACCUGUACUGUACGGUGGUAGUAAAAGUGAUGACAAGUCAAAGACCAAAGGAAGUGAUUUGUUUAGUUUGGAUGUGAGUGAUACAAUAAAGUUGAGUGGGUACGGGGAAUAUAUAUUGAAACAAAGAGCUGACGAUGAUGAGAUCAAGCAUGUGAAUGAUGAAGUAGAGUAG